AUGAUGGAGUCCAACGGCUAUGGCUACUACCGAGUGGUCAUUUUCUUCAGUAUGUUCACAGGAUAUUCCCUGUACUUCUUCAAUAGGAAAACUUUCUCUUUUGUCAUGCCAUCUGUGAUGGAAGAGAUCAAGUUAGACAAGGAUGAUCUGGGUCUGAUAGCCAGCAGCCAAACUAUGGCUUAUGCCAUUAGUAAGUUCAUCAGUGGAGUCCUGUCUGACCAGAUCAGUGCCCGCUGGCUUUUCUCCAUCGGCUUGUUUCUGGUCGGAGGCAUCAACAUAGUGUUCUCCUGGUCCUCCACUGUGACCAUGUUCUCUCUGCUCUGGUUUUUCAACGGUCUGGGUCAAGGCUGUGGGUGGCCCCCGUGUGGAAAAGUUCUGCGAAAGUGGUACGAGCCGUCCCAGUUUGGCACGUGGUGGUCGGUUAUGUCCUGCAGCAUGAAUGUGUCGGGCAGUCUGGGGCCUCUGCUGGUCACUGUGCUGCUGCAGUACUACGACUGGAGAACCAUCCUCUCCAUGUCAGGCCUUCUGUGUGCGGCCUUCUCCUUUCUGUGCGUCGCCUUCGUGAAGAAUGAGCCCAAAGACGUGGGUCUGGACAGCAUCGAGGCAGCAACCAAGAAGAAGGGAGGAAAUUGUGAAAGCACUUUGAAGGAAUUCCUCCUCUCUCCUUUCCUAUGGGUGCUGUCCCUUGGGUACUUGGUGGUGUUUGGUGUCAAAACUGCUGCUACUGACUGGGGCCAACUAUUCCUCAUGCAGGAAAAAGGCCAGACUGCUCUCAUGGGGAGUAGCUACAUGAGUGCUCUGGAGGUGGGAGGUUUUCUGGGCAGCCUUGCAUCAGGAUUGAUUUCAGACAGAGCUGUUGCACGAAAAGGCUUGAGUACUCAUGGAAACCCUCGCCAUGGGCUGCUGCUUCUGAUGAUGGCUGGCAUGUAUGUGUCCAUGUACCUGUUCAGAGUCACUAUCACACCAGACAUGGCACAGGAGCCACCGCUGUGGUUUCAGCUUAUUCACCCUUUCUCAUUGUUGAGCGGCAUUUCAGAAAAAGAGAUCUGGAUACUGCUUCUGGGAGCUUUGUUUGGAUUUUGUUCUUAUGGACCAAUAGCCUUGUUCGGUGUGAUUGCCAGUGAAAGUGCUCCUUCAAACUUCUGUGGGACCUCUCAUGCUGUUGUUGCACUGAUGGCCAAUGUGGGGGCCUUCAUGGCCGGACUUCCCUUCAGCACCGUGGCAAAACGACACAGCUGGGACACGGCCUUCUGGGUGGCCGAGGUGGCGAUGGGUGUUUCUACUGUUUGCUUCUUCCUUGUCCGCAACAUGCGCACCAAAAUGGGUCCAGACGCUAAGAAGACUGAGUAA